ACCGGGCAACUCAUGGUUCCUUCGUAAAAACUUCUUCCUUCUUCAAUCCAGAAAGAAAAAUGAUUUUCCUGGUCAGAAGGGUAAACUCCAGUGGUUGCUUAUUGAUAAAUAAUACCCAUUCGUUGUUACUACCUAUCUUUUCUCGUCUAAUAACAAGUGGUAGAAGUUACGUUUCAGGUGGUAAAACCCAGUUUGAAAUUCCUUGCAACUCUGAGCAAAUCAAGAAACUUGAUGAUGCAUUUAGUUGCUUUGAUAAAUUGAUUACAUUGAAGCCCUUUCCAUCUAUUCAUACAUUCAAUCAGCUAUUAUCUUCAAUUUCCAGAAUAAGAUGUUAUUCCUCUGUCUUCAUGUUUUAUCGGAGGAUGAAACUGAUAGGAAUCAGACCCAGUAUCGUCACUUAUACCAUUUUGAUCAAUUGUUGUUGUCGAUUAGGUGAGACUGGUUAUGGGUUUUGUUUAUUUUGUGAUAUUUUGAAGAGAGGGUAUGAUCCUGAUAGCAUAACAUUCACUUGUCUGAUCAAAGGGCUGUGUCUGCAAGGGGAGGUUCAUCAUGCAUAUGAACUGUUUGGUAAAAUGACUGAGACUGGGAUUGUACCUACUGCUGUUGCAUGUGGAACUAUUAUCAGUGGGCUUUGUAGAAUUGGUGAAGUUGGUCUUGCUCUGGGGUUGCAAAAGAACAUGGCCAAAUGGAAUUGCAAGCUUUCUGUUGUUUCGUACGGCUUGAUCAUAGAUACUCUAUGCAAAAGAGGUUUGGUAGACGAGGCGUUGAGUCUAUUUUCCCAGAUGAUAAAUGAUUCAAAAAUUAUCCCGAACGUUGUUGUUUAUAGUUCUUUGGUUAAUGGACUUUGCAAAGAAGGUCGGAUAAAUGAGGCUAUAGGAUUGUUUGACAACAUGUCUAGUCGAGGAAUUUCUGCGAAUGCAAUCACUUAUAGUUCUCUAAUUCAUGGUUUUAGCCAACGUGGGUUGUGGAAAGAAGCCAAGAGAUAUUUUGAUGAAAUGGUGGACAGAGGGAUUUUUCCCACUGUAAUAACUUAUAGCAUACUAAUCGAUUGUCUGGCCAAAGAAGGGAAGAUGGGUGAAGCUGGUAAGUUAUUCGGGGAGAUGAUUAAGUCAGGCAAGGAACCUAAUGUAGUUACUUACAACUCAAUGAUAAGUGGUCUGUGUUUGACAGGUAGGCUAGAGGAAGCACAGAGAUUGUUUGAUUUGAUGGUGGAUAAGGGGCUUAAACAUGAUGAACACAACUUCACAGUGUUGAUUAACGGGUACUGCAAGAACUUUAGGAUGGAUGAUGCUAUGCAGCUCUUCAAGAAAAUGAAGCAAAAAGGAUUAAAACCAACACAAGUUACUUACGCUACGCUUGUGGAUGGACUUUGCCGCAAUGGAAGAGACGGAACUGCAAUGAGCCUAUUACUCGAGAUGCAAUCAGUUGGUUUAUCUCCAAACGAAGUUGUCUAUGGUGCCAUGUUGAAUGGCCUUUUGAAGAAUGGAUGUAUUGAUGACGCCGUAGAAUUAUUUCAAUCUAUGGAAGGUAAGGGUUUUAAAAUUAAUAUUCAGACUUAUAGUUUAGUAAUUGAUGGGUUGUGCAAGGCAGGAAAAUUUGGAGAUGCAAGGAAAUUAUUCUUCAAAAUCUCAGAUAAAGGAUUAGCUCCAAAUGUUGUAACAUAUACCAUAAUGAUUAAUGGCAUGUGCAAAGAAAGUAUGCUAUUUGAGGCUGAAAAAUUGAUGUUUGAGAUGGAAAAGAAUGGUUGCGCACCGGAUACUAUCACGUAUUACACCAUCAUUAAGGGUUUUCUUGGAGGAGGAGAUGUUAAGAAAGCUGCCGAGUUUCUUCAAAAGAUGCGCGAGCAGAACUUUCCCGAAGGAAGGCCACAAUUGUCAACUCGAAAACAUAGAAAUUGUUAAAUCCAGCUAGAUGUGCGGUCUGCACACUAUUUGCACUCUCUACUGGAACUGGCUUGGACAUCAUGUCCUCAACCCUCGAGCUUUCAGAAAAAAAAAAGGCCGAGCUAGAUAUACUUGUUGAAAUUGGAAAGAGCUGGAGGAGGUUUCGCGAGUCCUUAAAAUGGCUGUCAACUCAUCUCAGAGCUUCCAAAACAUGCAGCAUUGCAUGGAAAUCCCCUGUCUUUGAAUCGAGCGAACGGUAUGGUCCUCGUUCCCUGUAAUUGAAAUAUAGUACCCGACCUCUAAUGCAGCUUAAUUUUGUAGCAUUGUUUCAAUUUUCAAACCUGUGCUCAUAAUUUCCUCGAACCUUAUCCAAAAUUGGACCUUAUCCUACUUUGGGAUACCAUGAACCACAAACUAUACACUGUAAAGACUUUAGAAUUUAAUGUGCCAAAUAGUGGUCAUUUUUGACCUAACAAGCUGUCCUUUGACUACAUGAUCAUGUGAAAGUCCAUAUCUAACUCUCACCAUUAAAAGCAUUUUCACUUCUUUUUCAUUCCACUACUGGUUACCAUAGACAACCUCAGCCAUCUUCCAAAUCCCAUGGCUUCUUAUUUUUCUUCCUCUAGUAUUCCACUUCUUCUUCUUCUUUGCAUUUUCUUUGUUUCUCUCUCUAAUUCCCAGCCUUCAUCUUCUUCACGACCUCAAGGACUCAUCCUUCCUGUUUUUCAAGAUCAAUCUACUCUUCAAUUUGUUACCCAGUUAAGCCUAGGAACUCCAAAAGUCACCAUAUAUGUUGUGGUUGAUCUCGGUGGUAAGUUUUAUCUGUCCACUCUACUCAAGGUUGUUCAUCAAUAUCGAAAAAACCGAUCCGUUGCAAGUCACCUCAAUGCUCACUAGCCAGCCAAUCAGUAGAUUAUGUACGUUGCCUUAACCAUACAUGUAACUUUUACACAACCAGUCCAAUAACACAUUCAGCUACCAAGAGUGAGCUCUUUUCAGGUGUUGUAACUGUACAAUCAAGCCAGGUUCGGGAGCCAACAUCUGGGGCAUGGAUUGCAGGUCCAAAUCUUACGGCUCGUGGGUUUGCAGUCAGUUGUGGAACAACUACUAGUGUCCUGCAUGGAUUAGCCAAGGGUGCUAAAGGAUUAGCUGGUCUUGGAAGUUCAGGACUUUCCUUGGUUUCUCAAUUUUCAGCUUCUUUUCAAAUCCCUGAAAUAUUUGUUGUAUAUUUAUCACGAUCUGAAAAUGGUUUCAUAUAUUUUGGAAAUGAAACAUACCUUGUGCAAACCCCUCUAUUGGUCAACCCAGUGUAUAGUCAAGGUGCUUCGGCUGCUACUGACAGUGAUUACUUCAUUGAUGUGAAAUCUGUCGAGAUAGACGGUGAAAUUGUCCCCAUAAAUAAAGAAUU